UUUAGAGGUGUUUUAAACAGCGAAUUUCGCAUAGGGCUGUAUCGUCAAUGAAAUUUUUACAACCAAAGGGUUGGUGAAGAGUCCCUUUACUUCGAAGCCAGUCUUAGGAUUGUUGGUUAAACCUAGCUCGUCAUCUAUCAGCAUGUCUACAGAAAAAGUCGCCACCGUCGAUUCUUUCCAAGUCGGACUUCCGCCGGCUUACAGACCAACUGAGGUCAAAGGUCAAUCCAAGACGGGCUGGAAGGUGUCCGAUGCUGUCUUAGCUGGUGUCCGUUGCUGUCUUAGCUUAGCCGUUGUUGUCUUUGUGUUCACUGGGGGAUUCUACAUAGGAUAUCUGCAAAACGAACUGGCGCAACGAACCAAGCUAGAGCAAGCAAAAACCUUUGCCGUUCGUUUCCACGAGAAAGGCAAUAUCGUUCAAGAGAAGAUUGCGGUGAACCUGCAGACACAAACUGAGACUUUCUUCGGCGUGAAACACAAUGAUGUUCCAAAAUUUACUGCAGUCAACGAUUUCAAGCAGGGCAUCACCGUUGUUCACGUACCUUCUGCCGGGGCCUGCUACGUCCGGGUGCUAGAUACAACCUUCCCAAAACCCCAGGAUCUCAAGAACGAACUGGAUGCCCACGCGAACGAAACUUGGGAUGAGGUGCCACGCGAAUACCACUAUUUCAAGACAGUCAAGCCCGCCAUUGGGGACGCUUCUUUCUUACCUGCUGAAAUCAAGAGCCACUGCCAAGGUUUACCUGUAUAUUGGACUGUACCUGUCAGUUCUCCAGGUGUCAACUCCAGGCAGAGACGCAGAGCAGCACGUAGACGAAGAAGUGUAUCUCUAAGCUUGCGUUUAUUUGGGAGAAAUAUCAUCACAGUUACAAUUAGUGUCGAAACAUCGUGA